AUGUCUACAGCUCCUGUCAGGAAACUCGAUGUGACUGAUGAUAAAUUUCUCGGACAUUCUGUUCUUCGUACCUAUGUAACCAAUACUUUUCCGAAGAAUAUAUCCUACUUGCAGUUCCUUAACGAAAACAAAGAAAAAAUAAAAAUAUUCCCUCCGUACGCGAAAACUUGGGAAGGAAUGCAAAGCUCUUGGAGUAAACGAUUUUUGCGAGAGAUAAAUGAUUUGGGAAAAGACGUGAUUGAAAAGAUUUCCAUCAAAAAUACGCUUGAUGGUGAUAGCUUACGAUUGAUAGAGGAAAAAUCAGAUUAUCCACAAACACCUGGACACCAAAUAUUUCCACCAGAACAUAACCGAUCUGAAUAUUAUGAAGAAGAUGGUGUUCAAACUCCUGAAGAUUUUAGUGUCGAUGAUAUAAAUGAUUAUCCACAAACACCUGAACACCAAAUCUUUCCACCAGAACAUAACCGAUCUGAAUAUUAUGAAGAAGAUAGUGUUCAAGCUCCUGAAUUAUUUUCUUCGGAUGCUUCUUUAGAAUCCAAUAAAUCAAGUGAGAAGAGCGGGCAAGAUCUACCAGAGAUCAAUGAUGAAAUUCUCGAAUAUAAAAACACCUUCUUCAAGACCUCUACUACAGAAUUAAGAAAAGCACUGAACACUUUACAUCCUCGACUUAGAGCCAGCUUCAAUCCACAAGUGGAUUUUGUUUAUAAUCAUAUAAGGACAACAGUGGCUGAUUGGUAA